AAGGGCGGGGUUUUCCGGCUUGGAAGUCUGUAUCUCUACAGGUCUUUCAUGAGGUCUAGUAGGGGUAGAGAGAGGUGUUUACUAUCACUCGGCUUUCCCCAAUCAGAUACAUUUAAUUAACUUGUCCAGGGUCAUAAACAAAAGUAGCAAAGCUAAAGCCGUGCAGUGGUGGUGCAGGGGAUUAGUCCCAGCACAUGGUGGCAGAGCCAGUCGGGUCUCCAAGUUCGAGGCUAGCCUGGUCUACAGAAUGAGCUCCGCAGGACAGCCAGGGCUACACGGGUUUACAACUGUAAUUUUGCCAUUUUUGUGCCACACUUUAACAAAAAUGUAUAGAAAGUGACUACAAACAAGAUAAAGGAAGGGGGGAAAGGUAAGCACAGGCAAUUCAUAAAAAAAAUAUAGCCAAUGAAUGCAAAACUAUGCUCACCUUUGGGAGUCAGGAUGACACAGAGCCAUCUAAUAGAUUAGAACAAGCAUGAAGUUUGGUAGCAAGUAUCGAGAGAGUGGAAACGUGGACUGCCAGAGGUAGUAUACAGCCUGUUUUGCCUUCUCAUUUCCGUGUGUGUGUGUGUGCAUAUUUGCAUGUGUGGGCAUGCAUCUAUGUGUGCAUGUGGAAGUCCUAGGUUGAUGGUGGGAAUCAUCUUCCAUGCCUCUUUCACCUCAUUCAAGGAGUUAGGGUCUCUCAGAAACAAAGAGCUGGCCCAUAUGGUUAGUCUUUCUAAGCAGCUGGCUCGGGGGAUGCGGGCCUUCCCCCGCACCUGGAAUUAUACACGGUGUUUAAGCGUUUUUGUGAAUUCUCCUGUUUGUACCACCAUCUCCCCUGCUCUGUAGUAAAUGACAGCAUUUACAAUACCGUUCUCUGAACUGUAGUUUCCCAUUUGAGAACCUGACUGACAGCUGUCAUCUCACAGCAGCAUGAAGAAAACAUUACCACCAAACUCUCCAGAACAACUAGCUGUAUUCAAUCAACUAGGCUGUUUUCUGGGAAACCCUAUGAGAAGAUAUGUAGCUGGUCUGAGCUACUUUGUGGAUUCUUUUCCCAUGCUUUAUUCUCCCAGUUUCAUCCUCUACCUCUAGAUAGGAGAAGAACAAUGAUAGAGGAGAGAAAAAGAGAUACAGACCCCAAUCUUAUUUUCUCUGUGAGCACAACUAUGCCACCCUGUCUCCACUCUUUAGCAUUUAUAUACCAUCUGAAAAGUUGAUUUCAAAUAUCAUACAAUCACAGAAAUUAUCCACAGGUAGCAAAACCACGCCUCUGCUAGGGCAAGAGGCAAAUCAGAGUCAGCAGCCGCUGUCAUAGUUGGAUGGUCUGAAGCAGCCCCAUAUCCCCGCAUCUGGGAUUCAAGCAAAAACAUUUGUUUGUCUGUUUUUUUAAAAACAAACAAAAACAAAAAAAACAAAACUCCAGAAUUCUCCCUACAAAGAUACUGUGAGCUCAUGAAAGAGGCAUACUUCCCAGAGUGCCGGUGGACUCUGCAUCUCAGUGGCUAAGCUAAAUCCAUGAGAGAGAAUGUAUCUGUCCGUAUUUAUGGCAAUUGUUACGCCGUUACAAUGUAACUACAAAAACUAAUGUAUGGACUGUUAAGUUUUUUGUUUUGUUUUGUUUUGUUUUGUUUUGUUUUUUGAUUUAUUUAUGUGUAUGAGUCUUUGCCUGGGUGUAUUUAUGUGCACCAUUUGUGUGUCUGGUACCAGAGGAGGUCAGAAGAGGUUGUGGAGCACCAUGGAACUAGAGGUUUGGAUAGUUGUGAGCCUGUGCUGGGAACCAAACCCCAGUGCUCUGGAAGAACGUGUGCUCCAAACUGCCUGCUGAGCCAUCCCACCAGCAUCCAGUGUACGGCUUUAGAGGGUGUGUGUUGUAGACAUUUUUACCACACCUGAAAGGUAUGUCUAAAUACAGAGUAAAUGAAAUAAACUAAAGAAGUCUUUCCCAGGGCUGGAGAGGUGGCUCAGCUGUUAAGAGCACUGACUCCUCUUCCAGAGAUCCUGAGUUCAAUUCCCAGCGACCACAUGGUGGUUCACAACCAUCUGUAAUGGAAUCAGAUGCCCUCUUCUGGUCUGUCUGAAGAUAGCUGCAGUGUACUCAUAUACAUAAAAUAAAUAAAUUAAAAAAAAAAAGUCUUUCCCAAUCCUAGCGAUAUGUAAGUGGUGUGUGUGGACAUUUCUCGCUGGGCUGGUGAGAAUAGGAGUGUGUAGUACAGGAAAAGCUGAGGUAGGACUGCCAAGAAUUCGAGGCCUGCCUGAAUGAUACCGUGUGUGUGUUUAUAUGAAUGUAUAUGAAUAUAUGCAUGUAUAUGAACAAAUAUAUAUUAACAAAUAUAUAUGAACAAAUAAGUUAUGGUUUGCCUCUAUUAACUAAGGUUUGAGAGUCGCAGAAAACACAUAAAAACAAAAUCUUUUUAUUAUUAUCCUCAUAAAAUAACGGCAUGAGAAAUUUUUUAAGGGAAAAAAAAAAAGUGUUGCUUUUAUCAAAAGAAUCCCACAAAGGCAACUCACUAAAAACCAAAGGCAAGCCAGCGUGGUGGCACCUGUGCAGUCGCAGCUAAGUUAGGGGAGAAAACAAGCAAAAACUGUGGCGGUGACGCCAAGAUGCCAGAAACCAGCACCCAGGAACGGCCUGGGAACUCAGGCUCUGACGACAAGUAGCGAAAACCUGCGCAGAACGCUCAGAAACGGGUUCCCCCGACAGCCGGGAGCGCGCGGGGACCUGUGUGCGCCUGCGCCGACCUCGCGCACGCGCAGCCGCUGUCCUUCUCACAGCAUUGGACCAGUGGACUUGGAGGCAGCCGGUUCCCGGACAGCGAGCCACCAGGCCGGACAGCGCUUAGGGGACACCAGGCUGAGUGUAAGUUUCUCCCGCUGCAACGCAGAGGCUCAGGCGGCCCUGGUUUCUUGUUGUUCAGGUUUAUCAUGGCUUCCAGCCACACCGUGUUGAUGCGGCUGGUAGCUUCAGCAUAUUCUAUCGCUCAAAAGGCAGGAACCAUAGUCAGGUGUGUCAUUGCUGAAGGAGACCUGGGCAUCGUGCAGAAGACCUCGGCCACCGACCUGCAGACCAAAGCCGACCGCUUGGUGCAGAUGAGCAUAUGCUCUUCCCUGGCCCGGAAGUUCCCGAAGCUGACCAUCAUAGGGGAAGAGGACCUGCCUCCUGGGGAAGUGGAUCAAGAGCUGAUUGAAGACGGGCAGUGGGAGGAGAUCCUGAAGCAGCCGUGCCCCUCGCAGUACAGUGCUAUCAAGGAGGAAGACCUUGUGGUUUGGGUUGACCCCUUAGAUGGCACCAAGGAGUACACUGAAGGUCUUCUUGACAAUGUAACAGUUCUCAUUGGGAUUGCUUAUGAAGGAAAGGCCAUCGCAGGCAUCAUCAACCAGCCGUAUUACAACUACCAGAACAAUGAAAAGGAGAAGCUCAGAGAGCACGGGAAUGAAGCCCAGGCAGGACCCGACGCGGCGCUGGGCAGGACCAUCUGGGGAGUUCUGGGUUUGGGUGCUUUUGGGUUUCAGCUGAAGGAAGCCCCUGCCGGGAAGCACAUUAUCACAACCACCAGAUCCCAUAGCAACCAGCUGGUCACAGACUGCAUUUCCGCCAUGAACCCCGACACCGUGCUGCGAGUGGGAGGAGCAGGAAACAAGAUUAUCCAGCUGAUCGAAGGCAAAGCUUCUGCUUAUGUGUUUGCAAGUCCUGGGUGUAAGAAGUGGGACACUUGUGCCCCGGAAGUUAUCUUGCAUGCUGUGGGAGGGAAGUUGACAGACAUCCAUGGGAAUGCCCUGCAGUACAACAAGGAGGUGAAACAUAUGAACUCUGCCGGUGUCCUGGCUGCACUGAGGAACUACGAGUACUAUGCAAGCCAUGUUCCAGAGUCGGUCAAAAAUGCGCUCAUUCCAUGAAGGGGUCUCACUUACCCAGAGGCCUUGGUUCAAAGGAACACAUCUUAAUACUGAUUACUAAUUGAACAAUUGGAGCUCUGCCUGCAUUUAUCAUUGAUCAGCGAUUUAUUAGUAGUUAGGGAUAGAAGAUGGAAUUAAAGAAUUUUCUUCACAUCAUCUAAUACGCUUAAGACUUAAGUAUAUGAUACGAUUGUCAUUUCUCCUGCCUAAAAACAAAUUAGCCAGGUGUGGUGGCACUUACAAUAGUCAUAGCUACUCCAGUGGUUGAAUCAGAGGAUUGCUUGAGCCUAGCCUCCAUUACAUAGCAAGAUAUGCCUAAACACAGAGAAGGAAAACAAAAAAGGAAUUUAAUUUUACUAAUUAGCUAACAGGACCAGUUGUUUUUUUUUGUUUUUUUGUUUUUUUUUUUUUCCUUUCUCUUGUUGUUUGGGCUUUUUGUUUGUUUGCUUGUUUGUGGGUUUUGUUUUGUUUGUUUAUUUUUUUGUUUUUUGUUUUUGUUUUCAAGACAGGGUUUCUCUGUGUAGCCCUGGCUGUCCUGGAACUCACUUUGUAGACCAGGCUGGCCUUGAACUCAGAAAUCCGCCUGCCUCUGCCUCCCGAGUGCUGGGAUUAAAGGCGUGUGCCACCACCGGCCGGCAUUGUUUUUGUUUUUUUGAGACAGGGUUUCUCUGUGCAGCCCCAGCUGUCCUGGAACUCACUCUGUAGACAAAGUUGGCCUUGCACUCAGAGAUUCCCCUGCCUCUGCCUCCUUAGUGCAGGGAUUAAGGGCUUGCCCCACCACACCUGGCUCAAAUGUUACUAUUUCUAAGUGAAGAAAUGAAAAAGGGUUAGUUUCAAAUGACUGUCCAAGUCAUUUGUGCAGUCAACAUUCCUGCUGAUAAACCAGAUUUCUUCAGGGCACAGAGUCUUAAGUUACUCCAGAAUUUCAGUUGUUUUGUUUUUUCACAGUAAUUUUUAAAAUUUCUGAUUCCAAAUAAGAAUGCAUAUAAUGAUAUUAUUUAUGUUGAUUUAUGGGGGAAAGUUUCUCUAAAAUACAUAGUCCUAUCUUUUCAUAUUAUAUAUCAGAUUUUUUUCAAAAGUAUUUGAAAAUUAUAAAUAAUGUGAGGAUUAAUUUAUUCUCUUGUUAUUAAAAUCUAUAAUUGGAAA